CGUCGUAUGUGGUAAAAUGAACUUCAGUGAAGAAGUUUAUCAAAGAAUUCUCGGUAAGUUCUUUGAGAAUCUGCGAGGAACCAUAUGCAUAUUUAUGUUAUUGACAGAUUGCGGAAUGGAUGUAGAAAGUCUGUAUUUCAUCAACGAUGGGGACAUAAAUGAACUUUUCCCUGCAUCAAUGCUCGGAACGAGAGUAAAGUUUAAAGAAAGAGUUGCACGUUGGCGACAGAAUGAAGCUGAUACCAUUUCGUCAAUAGGAUCAUGCAAGAGUUGGAUAAAUUCUAGCCAAGAGUCUCACGACUCGAUAAGAGACAUGGAAGCAAAGAAUUUAAAGUUAAUACUUAAUGCCACUGAAAGAGGUCAAAGCAUCUUUAAACAAUAUAGAGAAAAGACCGUGCUGUCAGAUGUUAGUCGUGACAUUUUGGUAAAUACCAUUGUUGACCACUUCUCAGCGCGAUCAGUGCCUAUGACAAUGAAAGAUAUCAUCACCUUUUCUGAGCAAAUAACAAUUUUAUUUCCCAACGAAGACAUGCGCUAUUACUGCAACCGUCGAAAUGGCAAAAAUCCAACAGGCAAACUUUAUGAUAAGGCAACAAACAUCCGAAGGAAAAUAAAAAAAGAAACAGGAGCACUAAGCGUUGCACCUAAAUGUCAACCCACUCAAUCAAGUUUGUCGGAGCAGGCGAGCAAUACAGAUGAAAAUGACUUAGCCAUGAAAAAUUGGCUUUGUCAUAAUGUAGAGCCUUGGGGCGAUGUUGUAGAAAAAUGGACGAACACAGUCAAAUUAAGAACCGCAGAGAUUUUAAAUGAACACGCAAAUAUUUUAACUAAUUGGCCGCUGCUGAAACACAGUCUUGGAUACACUUUGGUUGAAAUUGAUUUUGAAGCGAAAUUUCCCAACUGUUCGCAGAAUUUGCUAAACGAAUGGCCAAAAUUUAGAAAGUCAAUUAUACCUUACAUGAAGACAAAAAUAAGAGAUGCAACGUCCAUUGAUAUGCUAAAAAAAAUUGACGAAAACAUCAGUACUGACUCAAUGGAUUGUUUAUUGACACUGCUUUUGCAUGCGAUACUUAAACCGUCAUUAAUUUCCGUUGGACAAACUUCUGGUGAAAAACGGCUUAAAUGGAAGCCAUCAAUAUGUGAUGCGCAAGCAGUGACAUUGCUGCAUUCUGCAAUUCUGUAUUACCUAGUACUUUAAGCUUUAAAUACAAUUCCGAUUUUCAAAGAGAAUAUGAAUUAUCUAAUUAUCAAUUUUAUUCAAAAGUUACUUUUAAAGGAUUUUUAUUUAAAAGAGGGUUUUUUGUUAUUGUAAAACAGGAGGCUAUAUACUUGUUUCAAAUCGAAGAUAUUGUUGUAAGUUUGAUGCAAAAACUUUUCUUUAUUUGUUCACAGUGGGAAAUUAUAAAUUUCAGUACACAUAUUCAGUCAUACUUGGUAGGUGAAAAAUCAGAUAGUUAUAGUUUUAUAAGUGCAGACAAAAUUAGCUCACCUCCUGUACAUAUUCAUAUUCUUCAAAACAAUCAAAAAGCAAUCCGUUUAAAAAGUAUUUAAAAAAAAUUGAUACAGUUUUUAUGCAGAGCUUAGAAAAACUCAACAAAUUUUUAUAAAAAUUGUGGACUUUUAAAACUUUCAAACUUUUUUGGGCAUGCAGUUUUA